UCUUUAGCGGUUAUUUUGGUUAUCACUUUCCCGGUCUUCACACUGUAUAAUGUAUCGGACACAUAAAUUAUAAUUUUAUUUCUUUGAGAACAGGGCGGGUACAGCCAUCACGAUCUAGUUCAUGUCUACGUACUCCGAAAAAAACCGAAUAGUGACGAAUUGUUGGGAAAACUGUUCUGAAUAAGACAUAUCCAAACUACAAUUUAGUCUGUCAAUUUGUCAUAUCAUACUCUAAACAAUUUGCUUGCUGGGGGUUUGCGGGGUUUUUUUUUUCUCGCUCUUUUGAGAUAUGCUUUAGCAUGAACGUCCUUUAAAAAUAAUUGACAACUGUGCAAAAUUUGUUUUCUAAGACAUAACGUUUAUUCUUGUCAACGUUUCACAUUAAACUGUAGCCCAUUUUCUUGCCAGGGUUUGCGGGGUUUUUUUCACUGUCUUAAGAUCUGCCUUAUCGUGCAUGUUCUUUAAACAUUCUGAAGUGCCACUUAUUCCAGUGUUUUAAAUGUAGCAAUAAGUAUCCAAUAUCAAUGGCCGACUUGAUCGAAUUCAACAGGUACACAGCGCGAUAAAAUCACGAAUUUAAAUGCCAGUUUAUCACAACUAAAACCUAAUCCCUUCGUGCGGUCAUAAGAAACAUUCUUUCAUUGACCCUCGACACAUACUAUCAUUUUUUUAGGAUAUUUCUUAAUGAAUUCUUGAGUGAUUUUCUGUUACUUUUGGACUGUUUUCACUACCAAGCCUUGUUUCCAUGAUUAGGAGCCGUCUGCGUGAUCGCGUGCGUAAAAUGACGUAACGAUUUCCGGGUGUCUCUGGAGAGGCGAGAUGAAGGAAUGGAAACUUGUUUGGAACCUGAGACGGGAAAAUAAAAAUCGAUUUUGUAAUAAGGAGUUUGUUUGUGUUUGAUAAAAUUCACAGAAAAUGCCGCUGUAUAACGACAAACAGGAUAAAACAGACGAUCGCAAGAUGAACAUAUACCGCUCCUGUUUGGAGGGUAAGGUGGAUGAACUGGUCAGGCUCGUGGGUGAGGACGCUAACAUGGUGGUCAAGGACGGGCAGCGACCGCUACACAUUGUCGCCACGAGCGGAAGAGAAGACAUGGUGGCUGUCAUAGAUGCACUUCUAAAAACCGGAAGUGACGUGAAUGCCAAGACUACCACUGACGAGGACACCGUUCUACAUCUCGUCAUCAAACACGCUGUGCUCCGUCUGGCCUUCCAGACCUGUCUGAUGAUCCUAGAGCACAAUCCGGACCUUGACAUCAGAAACAGGAAUCUUCGAACACCUUAUGACCUAGCAAUGGCUCAGGAGUACUUUGAACUUGCCAAUGUUUUAGACGGUUCGAUGACUCCAGAGGAGGCCCGAGAGUACUACAUAAAGUCCAUCGGGGAGUUAUACGGGGGUCGGCUGAUAGAGGCUGUGAUGAAUGACAAUGAAGAGGAAGCGAUGGACUGUGUCAAACAGGGGGCGGACUGCAACCAAGUCAACAAGCACGGGGCCGGGGCUAUACACUACGUGUUCACAGACCUAUACCUCCACCCCCCGCUAGAUCUGCUGAGUAAGAUGGUGGCCAAUGGAGCGGAUGUCAACCUCAGAGACUACGAAGGGGAUACAGCUCUUAACCUCGCAAUAAAGAAAACAAGUCUCCGGCCUGAUAAUACAAUGUACAAAGUGGUGGAUCAAUUAUUGCAAUGGGGCGCGGAUCCAACUCACAAAGACUUGGACGGAAAUGACGCCCUUGCCCUAGCCGAGAACCGGAAGUACCUGGACAUUGUUAAGCUACUCAAAAAACAGAAAACAUCCUUGAUUGUUCCUCCUCCCCACGAGACUCCUGUACCGUCCCCUAGAUACCAGAAGUCGACCACCCCAUACGAAUCUCGAUCACCCAUCACCCACAGUCCCAGCCCUGUCCAUCCGGACUGGGGCACGCCGGUACUUCCCGCCAUAAGGUCGUCUGACCCCCUCAUUGCUCCUGACAGAGAGCCGUCCCCGACCCCGCCCACUCCGAGGCCACCAUCAGCAAGUGCGGAGUCAAUCACAUCAGCAAUAGAAGAUGACAACACGGACGAGCUGGACGCUCUCUUGAACGAUCCUCACGCCAACCUCAACGUUCCCAACUCGAUGGGCCUGUUUCCGUUACACGUUGCUAUACUGAGGAAUAACCCUGUGAGCAGGAAUGACAUGGUACAGCAACUUCUGAACAAAGGCGCCGACAUUAAUGUCAAGGCCAUCCCGCAAGCAACUGGCAAAUCCAUUUUGAAGGGCGGAAAUACUCCGUUGCACAUGUCUGCCGCCAGAGACCAGCUGGACACGGUCCGGAUACUCCUGACCUAUGACCCCGCAAUAUCUCCCACCAAUAACGAGGGCCUGACACCUUACAACUACGCGGAACAGAAUGGAAACUCCGAGAUGAUGAGACUACUUAAGGAGGAGCAACGUAACGCCGAAAGAAAGGAAAACCCAAAUAAGCCUGACAACAGGGACGAAUUACAACAGCUGCUCCAGGACCCGGAUGCCAACGUUAAUGUCCAGAGUCAGAGCGGGUUAUUUCCACUACAUCUGGCCAUAAUGGAGAACGACCCGCUAAUCCGAGAAACGUACGUCAAGAGACUCAUCAGUCGGGGAGCUGACGUCAACGCUAAAGCACUUCCGAGAAUGCAGGGAAAGCUCUUACUAAGGGAAGGAAACACGCCCCUACACAUGGCUGUUAUACGGAAGCAGCUUGGGAUCGCUAAAAUUCUGCUGAACAGCAAAGCUCGGAAAAAUUCGGAAAAUUGUGAUGGGAAAACGCCAUACUUUUAUGCUGAAAGUAAUAAAGAUGAGAAGAUGAUGGAAUUGCUGAAUGAUAUCAGAAAGGAGGAGACAGCGCCGAUACCUACGAAACCGCCAAAGAAGCCUCCCCUCACAGCAAGGGACCCGGAACCAACAAAACUUCAAGACAGAGGAAGAACAGGGUCCCUAGACGAGGUCAGCAACAUAGAUGAACGAAGAAAGGACCAGGAUGGACUUGAUGACCUUGUUAAGGACCCGGAUGCAAAUGUUAAUAUCAGGAACGCUAAUGGGUUGUAUCCAAUACACCAAGCCAUCAUGAGAAACGACCCGAUAGCUAGGAACCAGUUGAUAGAAAAACUGAUCGAGAAGGGAGCAGAUGUAAACUGUAGGACGCUUAAAAGUGGGAACACACCCCUCCAUCUCGCCGUCACACGUGGACAGCUGGGGACCGUCAAACUGCUCCUAGGGUACCGACCUAUCUUCUCCAUCCCAAAUCUCGCCGGAAAGACACCGUACUCUAUAGCCGAGGAGAAUAACCACAUGGAGAUUCUGGCACUGCUGGAGUCCUACAAGAGGAACGUGGUGGACAAACGCAAGAAUAACGCCGCUAUACGGGACAAGGCCAACUGCACGAUCUCCUAG